AUGGCCACUAUUACCACACAAGCCCAAGUGACAGCGGACAGAUUGCCUUUCAAAAAUGGCGAAAUCACAGUAGAGCAUAUUAUUCCAAGCCCAGCAGAGCCAAAUAUUCCGCUACCACCACCUUCAAAAAGCCCCGUCGACAUUCUGGAUCUCGACAAGGGCACUCCCGAUAACCAUGUGCCUCGCGAUCCACGAUUGAUCCGAUUAACAGGUGUGCAUCCAUUUAACGUGGAGCCGCCGUUGACAGCAUUGUACAAUGAGGGGUUUCUCACGUCCCCGGAAUUGUUUUAUGUUCGGAACCAUGGGCCAGUGCCUCAGGUCCACGAUGAGGACAUUCCAAAUUGGGAUAUUAGUAUAGAAGGAUUGGUCGAGAAUCCUUUAGUCCUCAAUUUCCAGGAUAUCCUUCAGAAUUAUGACCAGAUCACCGCACCAAUCACACUGGUUUGUGCUGGGAACAGACGAAAAGAGCAAAAUACAGUUCGAAAGUCAAAGGGAUUCUCGUGGGGCCCAGCGGGAUUAUCUACAGCUCUCUUCACAGGCCCUAUGAUGGCAGACAUUUUGCGCAGUGCGAAGCCUCUUCGACGAGCAAAAUAUGUUUGCAUGGAGGGCGCAGACAAACUGCCUAACGGAUUCUAUGGGACCUCGGUCAAGUUGAACUGGGCCAUGGAUCUCCAUCGAGGAAUAAUGUUAGCCCAUAAGAUGAAUGGCGAGGACCUUCGCCCGGACCAUGGUCGUCCUCUGAGGGCAGUAGUGCCUGGUCAGAUUGGAGGGCGCAGUGUCAAGUGGCUAAAGAAGUUGAUUUUGACUGAUACGCCAAGUGAUAAUUGGUACCACAUCAACGACAAUCGAGUGUUGCCAACAAUGGUGACUCCGGAAAUGUCUGCACAGGAUCGCAAGUGGUGGACUGACGAGCGGUACGCUAUCUAUGAGCUCAACGUCAACUCAGUAGCCGUACAUCCACAACACGAAGAAGAAAUCGAUUUGGCGACUGCUGGCUCAAAUUAUACGGUCAAGGGAUAUGCAUACGCUGGUGGCGGGCGAAGAAUAACAAAGGUUGAGGUCUCUUUAGACAGAGGAAUAUCAUGGCGCCUUUCCGAGGUCGAAUAUGCAGAAGAUAAGUACCGCGACUUUGAAGGUAACCUAUUCGGCGGCAAGGUCGAUAUGUGGUGGAGAGAAUCAUGUUUCUGUUGGUCUUUCUGGUCCCUGGAUAUCCCAGUAUCAGAUCUAGCAUCCAGUGACGCGCUUCUUGUCAGGGCAGUAGACGAUGCAUUGAGCGCUCAGCCACGCGAUAUGUACUGGUCUGUCCUGGGUAUGAUGAACAAUCCUUGGUUUCGAGUGACAAUCACGAAAGACAUGAAUAUUCUCAAGUUCGAGCAUCCUACUCAUCCAGCCAAGUCAGGUGGUUGGAUGGAAAGAGUCAAGAAGACUGGCGGGGAUUUACUCGAUGGCACCUGGGGUGAAAGGGCUCAAGGCGAGGAACCUGUUGGGCCAGAGCAGGUAAAGGAGAUCAAUAUGAAAAAAUACGGCGUUAGUAGGCAGAUCGACUUGCAAGAGUUUAAGGCGAAUAGCAGCAGCGAGAAGCCUUGGUUCGUUGUCAAUGGCGAAGUGUAUGACGGCACAGCAUUCCUCGAGGGCCACCCCGGCGGAGCUACCAGUAUCACAUCUUCUGCCGGUUUGGAUGUGUCAGAAGAUUUCCUUGCAAUUCACAGUGAGACGGCCAAGGAGAUGAUGUCCGAUUACCAUAUUGGAAACUUGGACAAGGUAUCCCUCGAUGCUCUAGGGCAUAAUGCAUCUGCAGGUUCGGGCGAGCCACGGGCGGUAUUCCUUCAAUCCCGAGCAUGGGCAAAGGCUACUCUGACAGAGAAGAAGAAAAUAUCAUGGGAUACAAGGAUAUUUGUCUUCGACCUGGAGCACGACAAGCAGACACUCGGGCUACCAAUCGGCCAGCAUCUAAUGAUCAAAGUCCAGGACCCAACCAACAAUGAAGCCGUCAUCAGAUCAUACACCCCAAUGUCGGACACAAACCUUAACGGAAAGAUGGAAUUACUCGUAAAGAUCUACUUCCCAAGCGAUUCCAUCCCCGGAGGAAAAAUGACCAUGGCGCUCGACAAACUCCCCAUAGGCUCAGCGAUAGACUGCAAGGGGCCGACUGGACGAUUCGAAUAUCUCGGCAAUGGUCGUGUCUCGAUCAGCGGCAAGGAGCGCCAGCUCCGCUCGUUCAAGAUGAUCUGUGGAGGAACGGGUAUCACACCCGUAUUCCAAGUUUUGCGAGCUGUUAUGCAGGAUACGCAAGACCCCACAACGUGCGUUGUUAUAGACGGCAACAGACAGGAAGAGGAUAUCCUUUGUCGGUCUGACCUUGAUGAUUAUGUGGCUCUCGACGGUCGAAAGUGCACAGUCGUGCAUACAUUGACGAAAGGGUCUGAUAAUUGGGCUGGUCGACGGGGUCGAGUUUCUAAAGAACUCCUCGCGGAGUAUACAGCCCCAGAAGCGCAUAGCAUGGUUCUGGUUUGUGGACCGGGGCCCAUGGAAAAGUCUGCGCGAGCAAUUUUGCUCGCUCAAGGUUGGGCUGAAUCGGAUCUUCACUUCUUCUAG